GGAUGAGGGUGUCCCCCACCUGAAGACGACGAGCCAGGUCCUGAGAGACGUCCCUGAGCUGAGUGCCUGAGGCUGGCCUCAGGUGCCUCCACCCAUCUUUCCCCAUGGAGAAGGGACUCGCCUUGCCGCAGGACUGCCGGGACUUUGUGCAUGGCCUGAGGAUGAGAAGCAAAUAUGCCCUUUUCUUGGCUUUCGUGGUGAUAGUUUUUGUCUUCAUUGAAAAGGAAAAUAAAAUCAUAUCGAGGGUCUCGGACAAGCUGAAGCAGAUCCCCCAGUCCCCGGCAGACGCCAACAGCACCGACCCCGCCCUGGUCUUGGCUGAGAACGCGUCCCUCCUGUCCCUGAGCCAGCUCGACCCCGCCUUCUCCCAGUUGCAGAGCCGCCUCCGCAACCUCAUGCGGGGCAACUGCGAGAGCAUCCGCCUGUCGGCCGAGCUGGGCCUGCGACAGCCCGCCUGGCUGCGCGGCCGCUACAUGCUGGUGCGCUACGAGGACGUGGCGCGCUGGCCGCUGCGGAAGGCCCGGGAGAUGUACCGCUUCGCCGGCAUCCCGCUCACGCCGCAGGUGGAGGACUGGAUCCAGAAGAACACGCAGGCGGCCCGCGACGGCAGCGGCAUCUACUCCACGCAGAAGAACUCCUCGGAGCAGUUCGAGAAGUGGCGCUUCGGCAUCCCGUUCAAGCUGGCGCAGGUGGUGCAGGCCGCCUGCGCGCCCGCCAUGCGCCUCUUCGGCUACAAACUGGCGCCGGACGCCGCCGCCCUCACCAACCGCUCGCUCAGCCUGCUGGAGGAGCGGGGCACCUUCUGGGUCACGUAG